CACUCACCACCAUCACCACCAUCACCCACUGACCCCCACCACCAUCACCCACUGACCAUAGCCAUCGCCACCACUAGCCAGCGGCUGCCUGCUCACACCACCACCACCACCGGGACGUUCAUCCACAUAAAGACAAAGGCAGAGGACAACUAACGUGAUGGAGGACUCCGUCACACCGGCAAACGCCAAGACAAAGUUGUGGGCCAGUCUACCACUCCGCUCCUAUCAGAGCGGCGCUCUGGCCGGCUCGGCCAGCGUUCUCGUCAGCACGGCCCUGACCUUCCCCAUCUUCAAGGCGAGCACUCGGCAACAGAUGGCCCUGAGUCUCUCGGCACGGCCAGUGUUCGCGCAGCUGCUACGCGAGGGACUGAAGUCAGUGCUGCUGCGUGGACUCUUGGCUCCCAGUUUGCAGCGUGUGCUCUGCCGCUCGAUAAUGUACGGCAACUACGAGUUCGUCCUGGGCAAGCUGGCCCACAUGGGGCCCAGGCUGGCCGACCGGAGCCGGUUGGCCUGCUCCCUGGCCGCCCUGCUCUCCGGAUCCCUGGAGGCCGUGCUCACACCCCUCGAGAGGGUGCAGACUCUGCUGGUCAAUCCGCAGACCCGCGGGCAACACGCUUUCCGGCACUCCAUCUCCGCCCUCUCGCACCUCGGCACGCUGGGCUUGCGCGAGCUGUACGUCGGACUCACUCCCGUACUGCUCCGAAACGGGCCCAGCUUCGUCCUCUACCUGUAUAUCAAGGACAGCGUCACGCUGCUCAUGCCCGCCUCCGUUCGAGGCCGCAGCACUUUCCUGGAAGGUGCGUUCAUGGGCGGCUUCUCGUCCCUGCUCACGGGCCUCGCCUUCUACCCGCUCAACACCGUCAAGGUGCAAAUGCAGGCCCGCAUCGAGAAGCCUCAUCUGGGAUUCCUGGCGACUGCUCGCGACGUGGUGUGGAGGCAGGGGACCAGCCGGCUGUACCGUGGCGUGACCGCGCAUUGCCUGGGCUCCAUCAUCUCGUGGGCAGUGUUUGAGGGGUCAUACCGGGUCAUCAUGGAAAUGAUGUAGAGCACUACACCACAAGCCUAUUGCAAUGUGGUUUAUUACUCAGAGGUUUGUAUAAAACGAUAUCUCAGGCAAAUGUUGUUGGCUUUCUUACUCUGCCAGGAUUUUACAAAAUAGCAAUGACAUAAAUGAACACGUUAACUUCAGUAAAUUAAUGUUGAUUGCUCACAUGUUCUAUUACACUGAGCUAAGGCUGAUUUUGGCGUUUACAUUUUUAUUCACUGCCAAGGUUCGGAAAAGACAAUAACGUAAUGGUCAUGGAAUAAAGUGAGACGGUGCUCCAUGUAAAAUAUUUUAUAAAAAAAAAAAUGUUUAACUGAAACAAGGAGCUAAUUCAAGUUUUUUUAAAAUUCAGGUGAAAUAAAAAAGGGGUGCCUGGUUUGUAUUGGAAAAAACUCGAGCGCCUCUUGUACAUUAUGCGCUGACGAUACCAAUUUGUAUUUUAAGAGCAUGUCGUAUGACGUUUUUAGAAAGAAAGAAAUUAAGCGCCUAGUCUAGUUUGUUUCAACAGGGACUUCCAAUAUUUCACGAACUUCAUCAAAAUCCACGAUUUCCAUGAUCACCAAAUCAAAAUCAUAGCCUUGCACAGAGUACCCAAAAUGGUGAAAUGUACUUUGCAGGCUGCAGACUAUUACAGCCCAUUUUCAGCAAUCUUGCCAAUGAAACGCAAGCCUACAAAUGUACAAAUGCCAUCAUUACCAGUCUGAAUAACCCUAAUGAGGGAACUGAGCCACAUAUUCUUGGUCCUUUCGGUGAAGUCACGUAGAUAGAAAAUCAAGUUUUAAAUCAAAAUUUUACUGAGCCACAGUGAGCCAAGUAGGAAAUUAACUUUAAAAAGUUACCGUUUUGAUUAGCAUGCAAAUUACAAAGAUUGUGUGGUUAAUAAAAUGUUAGUUGGCAAUGUUAUAAUACAAUGGUGGUUUAAGUCAUUCCCGGACUUUGUAGGUGGACAAUGGAUGGCGAUGACAAAAUGUUGCGGCGGCCGUGUAGGGUGGGGGGAUCUUUUAAGAAUGGUCACCAGGUGGCAGAGGUUCCUCGAGUGCAUGCACCGUGAGAGAAAAUACGGCCAUUAGCCCAGCAGUAGAAACGAAUAGAGAUCAAGUUUAUUGUGUGCGAAGGCAUCAAGCCAGCCGAGAUUCACGAGUAACUUUGUGCACACGUUAAAGAUGCAAUACUCGGAUGAUCAGCAGUGUUUGAUGUGCUGGGUAACUGUGCGCUUUCCAAGCCAAUUGUUUUGAUGUCUGUAAGUGCUUGUAAAGCCUGAUUCUUGCCGAAAGCCAUGUCGCCUUUUGUGCAAUUGCAGCAGAAACAUAAACCGAGCAAUGGCAGUGUUUAAAUUAAAACCAUGCCCACCUGCACUUUAAUAAUGUGCUUGCCAGAAUGGCUUUCAAAACAGCUGAAUGUUUCCCAACAACCAUGACCGGGUGCACAUCUGCUCCGAGUUGCUGUUUGCCCAUUUCAUAGCAGGACACAAAAAUAGUAGUUCAGCAUACAUUCCUGGAAUGCAUGGUUACAUGAUGGACUUAGAUUCACCAUCUCACUUUCGAAUCGAAGUGUUCCAGUCUGGAAUUUAAACUCAACUGCCUGUGUAUAUCGACGCCCAAGUGUUGGUCAGCCUCUCAGCUCUGGCCCUCUCAGCUAGUCCUUGAUUUUGGCUGUUCCAGUGGUGGAUACGGCAAUGGUCUCGAAAAUGCUAUGAGGCCAUCCAACACACGAAUUCAAGCACAUUCAUGAUGCAGCGAAGCAAACUGCCUAUAUGGGAGUCUAUACUGAUGCCCUUAUGGGUUGGUUUAUUGGAUCUAUAGUGGAAGCAUUGUGACCCCCCCCCCCCCCCCCAAGUUGGACGGCUGGUUACACGGCAGUUCCUUUUAAGACAUCUCAGGGGCCGACAAGUUCGUUGUCGACACAGACACCGACCAGCUAAACCACUGGUCUCUUGAUCGCGGCUUCGGUGGUUUGCCGAAGCACAAGGCCCACCUCCCGAAUGCCUUGUGCAGUAACACAACCACUUGUAGGGCAGCCACCUGAGCCGUACGGACUAUAAUGUCCCAGCAUCUGCCAAUGCAGUUUUCGAGAGGGCGUUGCAAUCCUCGGUAUCCCAGUGAGCCCACCACUUGUCUCCAAUGCACUGCUUGGGUGGGGAUACCUUUAAAAUGGAUACUGUGGAUGUUGCCAGACUGUACCUCUAUGAAGUAUUUAUAUGAAUAUUUUUUGUAGGCCUUGGCACUCCUUCUCACAGCACUCCUUUCCUCCUCCCCAUCUCGGCAGCAUGAAAACAUUAAGAUUCCACUGCACAUUCCCAUGGCAGCCAAGGCUAUGAGAUAGAUAGACCCUUUAAACCUGUGCACGGGACAUAUGGUAGGGAAUGGCGAUAUUCUACCUCAUAUCUCGCGUGCAUUCAUCCUGGUUCUAUGCACAUGAAGCCAGGAAGGCAGCACCACUCUUUUAUAGGUAAGAUGUGGAGGUGGGGCAGCCUUGAAGGGAAUUGAUUCUCUGUACAGCCUGUUGGCAUCCAGAAGAAAUACCCGAAGGUAAUGAAUGC